AAAAAAAACAAAAAAAAAAAAAAAACCCCUGCAUCAGGUACACUAAGAAUCCACAAGAGGAUAAUCGAGAAAAGCGAGACAAGACGGCGAAUCAAGACGAACUGACACGACACGCGACAUAGCCGAUUGAUCGCUCACAACGGGCGAGUCCACGUCAACGGCUCACUGGGCCACCGACACCGCCCGCGCUUGCCACGGCAACAUUUUAUCUCAACUUCUUUCACUGAUUCGCGUACCCGUACCCUGUCUACCAACCGAGCGACCGACCGACGACAUCGAGACUCAUUUCGGUCAAACCCCGUUUCUGCUUUCGCUCGCGCAGACUAGCGACCUUUCCCCAUGACGGCCGUUGCAAGCCCUCCUAGUUUCGCCAACAUCAACCGGCCAGCAUGGGGAUUGAAUGGUAGCUCGUCCCUGCACGCGAUGAACUCUGACGAGUCGAGGGGCGUUUUUACGCCUCGAAAAGCCUUGCAACGCACAAACUCGGCAUCUUCGGUUACCUCCACCGCCUCGACCUCUUCUACCGGCACAGUGAUCAACGGCCACACAAAUGGAGCCCCAUCAGCGACCGGUGGCGAUGUGAACGGCUGGAAUCGAAAGAGAGUGCAACCAAAGGGACAAUGGUCACAGCAGCCUCAGCCGGUAAAGCCUGAAGGUGUGGAUUUUUCACGAAUGCCCGCCAACCGGCCCGCACCAAGCGCCGUCAACGGCAACGUGUCGAUGCAUCAGGCACCUAUCAUGGGCGGCCUGCAGAACCAGGUCGGCCAGCAAGGUAUGAUCGGACGGCCGGUGGGUGAUCCCAUAGGUGUCAAUCAGCCCGUCCUCUACCUUUUGUCGUUGAACGGCACUUUUGAGCGGAAGACGAUAUCAGUACCCUUUUCCCCAGACACGUUGCGCAUCGGCCGACAAACAAACGCGAGAACCGUCCCCACCCCAGUCAACGGAUAUUUCGACAGCAAAGUUCUGUCCAGACAACAUGCCGAGAUUUGGGCUGAGCGUUCGGGCAAAAUUUACAUUCGUGAUAUUAAAUCAUCCAACGGCACUUUUGUCAACGGCACACGUUUAUCCCCAGAAAAUCGCGACUCUGAACCUCACGAGCUACAGACCUCGGACCAUCUUGAACUCGGUAUUGAUAUUGUCAACGAGGAUCAGAAGUCCGUGGUACAUCACAAGGUCGCCGCUAAAGUUGAACAUGCUGGGUUUUUAAAUCCCACUCACGCUUUGAUGGACAUGAGCUUUGGGGAUAUUGACCCUUCCGGUGGGCACAUGAUGAUGCAACAAAUGGCCGGCAUGCCCCAAAGAGGUCGAACCGGGAGUCAGCCUUCGCUCAACAAUGGGCGUAUGGCGCCCAACGCCGUUAUGCCUGGCGCACAACAGAACGGGAUGAUGCAAAGAAAUGGAUACUGGAUGGGACCUUACCCGAUGGAGACCAUCUGCAAUAGAUUAGAUCAAGAAAGACGACUGGCAAAAUCCCAGUUGAACGAGCUCCAAAGGACUGCGGAUUUUCUUCAAGCACUUGCGGGCAAAGAUGACAUCAAGCUAUUAGAGAAUACCGACGCACUAGGUUCAAAACCAGCUCUUAACAACAGUGCUGUUUUCCGCUCAGAUCCUGGAAAGGCCACAAGGUUCUCAGAACCUCCCGCUCCUCCUCCACAACAACCCCUUCCCGAGAAGCCGGAUGCGGCGCGCUCCAAUGGAGACCCUCCGUCACUGAAACGAGGAACAACAGAACGACCAAAGCUGCCACAGACAAGCACAUCACCCGUCCGGCAAGAAAACUUCAGCCAGAUCAUCCAGUUGACAGAAACGCUCAAUACAGCCAAGAAGGAAAUCGAGGGCCAGAGUGCUAGGAUACGAGACCUGGAAGAGAUGGUACAGAAGGAACGAGAGCAGCGCCAGAGUGCAGAAGGACUCGUAAGGAAGCUGGAGGAUGCCGCUGUGGAAAUGCAUGCCAACGGUCCCACAAAAGCCAACAUCCAGGAUACAUUGCUUGCGGACACAUUCGAACCACCUGUGGAUACGAGCAACAAGGCUACAGAACCGGUUGCUACCAGGGCCGACUCUGAACUUCCGACAGAGCCGGAAACAACUGCGAAUCCGGAAACAACCGAAACCGCUGCCGCCGCCGCCGAUGCCGCCGCGGCUGCGGAAGCGGCUGCCAAGUUACAGGAUCGCAUGGAUGAGAUAUUGAAAGAAAUGAUCAACCUCAGGGAGGAACUCGAAUCCCAAAGGAAAAGGGCCGACAAGGCCGAGGCUGAGAGGGAUGGUGACCGCCAAACUCUUGCUGAGAUGAUAAGCAAACUGCGGGAAAGAGAUGAACAGAUAGCAAAGCUUGAGGCUGAGAGAAACUCUCGGUCACAAUCAAGUGCCCGUGGCAGAGGGCGUUCCGGGGCACCGAUAUCGUUGAGCGAAGGCGACAUCAAGCCAGUUAUUGGGUCAUAUCCCGAGACGCCCACCAGUGCGGUAACACCAUCUACCUUGCCAAACAGCGGGCAAUCCACAAAUGCAUCCUCACAAACAGGAGUGAGUGAGGACGAGUCGACUGCUGGCAAUGACACAUCAGCAGACAAGCCGACGCUCUCGAGGGCCAGCACGAUAACGCCUCUGUCUAAAUCGUUGAUCCACGGAUCUUCCUCCGGUCCUAACGAUCCCGCCAUGGCUCAAGCAGCACCAUAUGCGUCUAUGAUUGGUGUUGUUUUGAUUGGGAUGGGACUGAUGGCUUGGAUAAACGGGUGGCAACCGCAGCCCCGCUUGGAUCGGUAGAGAUCUCACCACAUCGUUUGCCAUUUUUAUCCCCUCAGUCCCCUUACCCCCCAAAAAUACUAUACCCACGCCAAUCGGAACAUAUGUAUGAUUUGCAGCUUCGAUACCCUACUAGCCAACUUCUCUUGGAUGCGCGGGUCAAUACCGCUCCUUGAGGUCAAAAGUGCCGUUUCAACGCGGCCUUGUACUUUUUAGCAAGCAUUAUGCACAUUUGGGCGCGACUCGGCGACCCAUGCUCACGACAUUUCCUUUGUUUUGUUUCCUUGUCUUCGCUCGUCAUUGUCAAGGAGUUUGCCGAAUUACGACUUAAUUCAUUGGCGCGAAAGUCUAUACAUUACCAUUAUUUCCUUGCCUUCCUUCUCUCUUUUACUAUCAUGUCUGUCAACAUAUCUUGUACCACGAGCGAUGACGGGGUUUAGGCCCAAAGCCUACAACUCUUCAACUGGACUGGCGGGGCGUUCAGUAUUUAAUCCAGUUCUACGUCCUUGGCAUGUUAUCUAACCAUCCAAGUAUCAUUUGAUCUCUGACGUGCUGUAUCUUUGUGUAUCUUCCGGUAACCUUCUCCAAG